AAUGCCACUCAAGCAAAAGACAGACUAUAUGGCCAACUUGCAGCCAAUCUCAAGAAUAUGUCGCGUGCAGUCGGGCAGACAGCAGACCUCUUUGAACAACUUCAGACAGACUUGGACGCAAUGAGAGUUCUUGCUGGUACACAUGCUGCACAGUUUAUGACCGUCGCUGCCGAACUCAGUCCCGAGUCGGAUGGGGGAGCCAGCACA